AUGAGACUCUCAAACAUCCUCUCCCUCACCCUCGCCUUCAUCAAUCCAGCCACCGUCCUCGCAGCCCCAGCAAAUACCCUCCACCGUCGAGACUGCCCCUCAGUCGAUACCAUCCGCCAAUGGAUCCGCGACAACGCCAGCGUCGGCGAAAAUACAAUCUUCUACACCGCCGGCGCAAAGCAAGAACAAGCCAAAGCCUUUGCCGAGCAAAAAGUCACAGACGGUAACUACUGGGGCAAAGUCUUUGACAACAACAAGUACCUCGACUGGAUUGAAGAAUGCGGCGAGGGUCCUGAGCAGGAUAAGCUGUUUCCCCGGAUGGAAGAAGCUCUUGCUAGGGAGUCUAGUGGGACGGCGUAUGUGGUCAUGAUCAAGGGCAAUGCUAUUGCCAACUUUUGGAAGGAUAAUGAGUAUCCUUAUCUUGAUGAGAAUGGUGUCAAGAUCAUUGCUGUGAAUGCUGAGAACUUUGACGAUCAGAAGGAUUAUAACGGUCAGCCUUUUAAGCGGGCUAUUGAGUUCUAGAUUGCAGCCAUUGGCACAUUUAGUCAGAGAGCAGAGGCAUUAAAGGAGAUAUGGAAAUGGAGUUGAUGGCAGGGACGAUUGGCAGAAGUAUUGUAGGGCAGUCAUUUAACUAUCGCUGGCAUACAUAGUACACCUUAAGUAUAUAUAGAUAAACUAGGUCCUGUCAACAAUACAUUCAGAACAAUUAUAGGACCGCAGCAAUUCAUUAAAUGACAAUCCUUACAAGACCAAGGGUCAGUUCCUUCAAUAGCGAUUGGGUAAAUGAUAGCAUCAUGACUCGCCAGUAUCAGAUCACUGUAUCGUGUUUUGACCCCGCCUGCUUCUGUUCUUAAGGCUCAAGCUGUUGGUCCUCC